AUGUGGCCAUCAUCUUUAUGGUGCUAUGAGUACUCCUGGCUCAGGCCUUUUGCUCAGUCUCUGCUGAGGAUCCUAGGCUUCAUCUUCUGUGGCACUGCUGCAGCUCUGGCCUUUGGUGGAGUUCUUGUGAUCCUGAUGUACAAGAACUACAGUUAUUUACUUCAGGAGUCUUUCUUGUCUGUCCCUGGCUGGCUGGCUGUUGCAGCUGCACUUACCUUGCUACCUACUGGAGUUUUGUCUAUCUCUCUUUCUGCUAAGAGCUCCCGCUGCCAGCAAGGGACUCUUAUGUACUUGCUUUUGGUCUUGCUUUGCCUAGAAAUAUCUUCUGGAGUUAUGGCACACUUAUACUCUAUUCGUAUGCCUUCUGAGCUGAAGAGCACUUUGGAUCACCUUGUCUCUCAGUAUAAUGGGACACGAUCCCAGGCUCCUGAUAGCAGGGUUGUGGAUAUGGUACAGACGAAGCUCCAGUGUUGCGGGGUCCAAAACUACACAGACUGGCUAAAGGCAACAGCUGCUUCUUGGCAUUUUCCAGCUGAAAAAUCUCGUGUCCCUGAAAGCUGCUGUAAGGAGAAGUAUUCUCGCUGUGGGAGUGACUUAAGCCAUGUGGAGUGGCUUUUUCAGGAAGGCUGUCUAAAGAAGCUGGAAGACCGGUUGUGUUUUGUUACGCUCUAUGUGUUUUGGUGCUGCAUUUUGCUAAGUGUCUUAGAGCUGUUGGCUGGUGCCAGCAAUGGCAUGCUCAUGAUAAUGCCUUCAUGGAACUUCCAAAUUCUGGACUCAUCUACUUUCUCAAAGGCCUGA